AUGUCGGCCUCUGCAGAGCCCGUCCACAAGGGCACGCUCGUCUGCGUCGUCCUCAAGGCACGCAACCUGCCCAACAAAAAGUCGAUCGGAAAACAAGACCCUUACACCGUUCUCAGCAUGGGCCAGGAGCAGCAAAAGACAAAACCAGACAAGCGUGGUGGGCAGCAUCCUACAUGGGACGAGCAGCUUCAUUUCGAGAUCUACGAAGACAUGGAGGACGCCCUAACAAGUGCGGCCACCAAUGGCUCCGGCUCCGGCUCCGGCUCCAAGGCCACCUCGGCUUCUUCCGCGGCGGCCACCAAGCCAAAAGGAGGCAAAAAGGUCCUCAAGGUCGCUUGCUAUGCUGACGACAGCAAGGAGCCCGAGUUCAUCGGCGAAGGCAUCGUCGACCUUACAGAUACCCUCAAGACGGGCGAGUUUGACGAAUGGGUCACCAUCAAGGCCAAAGAUCGCUACGCCGGCGAAGUCUACCUCGAGCUUACUUUCUACUCUUCCGCCGCUCCUCCCAAGAAGCGCAGGCCGUCGACGCAGCCAAAGAUGUCCGGCACCGACACGUAUGGAGGUGCAGGCUCGUUCCAAAGGAUCGACGAUGCUCGCGAUGCUUCUUCCUCCGGCUCGGGCUCUGGCGCACCUCCCAAGCCUGCCAAAGGCAAAGCCGACCAUCCUCCUAUUCCAGCCUCGAUGCGACCCGGUGGCGCCUCUGCAUCUUCCAACUUGCAUGGCCGCAUGUCGAGCAGCGUCUCCUCUUCGAGUCUUUCGUCGUCAUUGCAUAGUCCUGCCUCAGCCAUGUCCUAUUCGCAGACGAUGCACGACCUCGGCAGCACCACGCUUCGCCCCAGCUCCUCGCUCGCCAACUUGGACGCUUACACUCCAGCUUACGCGCCUGCCAGUAUCUCACGCUCCACCAGCCCCGUGCCGCCCUCGUCGGUGUAUCACUCGGCUGCUCCCACUCACACAUCUUCGGUUGGUCCUGCCGCUGGCGGUUCCAGACGCAACAGCUUCGUCAACCCCAUGCCGUCCGAGUUCGGUCACUCCAUCACGCCCUCCGCCUCUUACUAUUCGCAGCACUCGAUGACCCCGUCGCAGAGCAGUCAGUACAUCGCCAACAAUCAUGCACAGGAGCCGAGCGACGAUCGCUAUGCUACCGUCCGACCGGGAACGAUGGCGCAGCAUCAGCAUCAGCAUCAGCAUCAGCACCACCAGAACGGCAUGCCUCGCUCGCACUCCAUCUCCCACAUCCCCGUCGCGUACAGCCAGAUGCCUCAGCCAGACUAUGGUGCUGACCAGUUGACUCACUCCAUGUCCCAGAUGGGCUUUGGCCACUCGACAGGUACGGCCGACAAACCCUUACCUCCUCAUGCACCUUCGCCCGCUGAUGACCGUCCGCCGCAGUCGCAUAUCUACCAAGCCCCUGCCCAUCUCGCAUCGCUCUACACGCCACCCCCCAAUUCGGCUUACUCGCAAGACGUGCAAAGACCCGUGUCUCCCGCGGUUCGUCCUGCCUCGGCUCUUUCUCAGUAUAGCACGAGUCCGUCUCCGCAUGUGAACCCAACGCCAUCCGUCGUCAAUGCACAGGCAUACUACCAGCAGCAGCAGCAAGGUGGGGGUCAUCUUGCGCAACCACCGUCUGUUCCACCUCGAUCUUCGUCGCCUGGAGGUGCCCCAGCUGGAUAUACUCCCAUUCCUUCGCCUUAUAGCCAGCCAGCACACCAGUCGCAUGCGCCCCGGCCGUUGCCAUCGACGCAAAGCUCCACUUCGCUUUCCUCUAUGGCACCGGCGCAGCCCCCGGCACAGCAGCCGCAGCAGCAGCCACAACACGCAGCGUACCCUUCGCAUCUCUACCAGCCCGUGCAGCAGCCAUCGCCGCCGCCUCCGCAGCAGCUGUCACACUCACACUCGCUCUCGCACUCGGGAUCGCAGUCGUUUUCCAACUACACCUGGCACGGACCUCCCCCGCAAGCGGCUGUGGCGUCGCAGCAAUCGGCACAGCCAGCGUAUGGCGCUCCUGCGGGUGCUGCACCGAAUGGAAAUGCGGGUGUCCCGUCGUCGCUGUCGAGCGGGUACCUGUAUUCUCCGCCUCCGCAGGCGUCGGGCGGUGAGGCGGGGGUGACCUGGACACCGGGUCGAUCGCCUUCGCCUCUGCCGCCGAUUCCUGGGGCGCAACACCAGCCGCCGCCGCCGCAGCAACAUCUGCCGAGCUCUUCAUCGAUGCACAGCUUCUACGCUGCUCCACCCGUGCCCGCGCCACCCGUGCAAGGCUACUCUCACGUCCAGCAGCCCGCUCCGCAACCGCAGCCACAGCAAGGGUACGGACAGUAUCACUACGAUCCUUCACAACCGGCGCCGCCGAGCGGAUACGCUCCGCCUGCGCAACAGUACGCCCCUCCGCCCCCCGCCCCGCAACAGCAACAGCAACAGCAGCACUAUGCAACAGUCUCGGCAGGCUCGAGGCACGCAAGCCUGCCCAGCUCGCAGUCGUUCUCGUCAUCCCUGCUGUACCAGUCGCACCAGAACAGCCAGUACCAGCAUCAGCAGCAUUAUCAGUAA